GUCGAGGACAAUACUAAGGCCGAACAAAAGCUUCCCGCACCACUAAGAAUAGCUACCACGAGGUGCGCCGAUGACCAGGAACAAUUCUCAGUAUGGAAGGUUUGUCGUUAUCCUGGAGUUGCAACUCCUCCCAUAUAUCUCUCGCAUCUACGGAUCGCUUUAUCCAACUUCUCGACCUCAACCAUUUCAAUGACGCCCAUACAACGACUCACCACUCGUCAAUCACCAAAAAUCCCUUCGUUACCCGGACACCAGUCAUCCUCUCUUUAAACAAACAAGCCUCUCCACGAACAAGACCGUCCAAGACUCAAUCACCAUGGCCUCCUCGGUACGGGAUAGCCAGAAACAACCCUGGCUCGCGAAGGCGGCCCCAUCAAACCACAACAGCGUCCUCCAACUGGAGCAUCCCGCCUCACCAACCUCCCUACCUCCCACGACGCCGACCAAGUCAACCUUCAAGCACUUAUUCACCUUCACAUCUCGGCGACAUAUCCCCCUGCUCGUCCUCGCCCUCAUCGCGGCCGCAGUCGAAGCGGCCGGCCGCACAGUCUAUGCCAUCCUCAUCGGCAGAAUCUUCGACGUCAUAUCCCGCUUUGGAUCAGGCCUUCUCCCGCCCGGCGAGUUCCUUUCCCAGAUCUCGCGGUGGGCGUUGUGGAUGUGUGUGCUGGGGGUCGGGGUCUGGCUGUCCUCAACCGUCGAUGUGGCGACCUGGGUGAUCGGUGGAGAACUCAGAGCGAGGACGGCGAGAGAGGAGGUUUAUGGGAGGUUGCUGGGGAGGAGGAUGGGGUGGUUCGAACAGAGGCCCGAAGGGUUGAGUGGGUUGAUGACAAGGGUGCAGAGGCAAACCAGAGAGCUGCAGACAGCCACGUCCCAAAUGCUGGGCUACCUUGUCUGCGAUGUGUUUGUGUUUGGCGCCUGCAUCGUCGUGGCGUUUGUCUCCUCGUUCAAGCUGACGCUGAUCAUGCUCGCCACCGGCGUCCCCUCGGCGCUCAUCCUCUGGGGCAUCAGCCGCUUCCUCGACCCGGCGAUCGAGGGGCAGAAGAGGGAGCUCGCGCAGGCCGCUAAGCACGUCACGGCCGCCACCACCGCCAUCGACCUCGUCAAGGUGUACGCUGGCGCGGAUCACGAGGCGUUUCAGUUCAUUUCGGCAAUUCGAAGGUCAGCGAGGUAUUACACGAGGCAGGCCCUCUGCAACUGCGCGCAGAUGAGCUAUGUCAAGCUGUGGAUGAUCAUGCUAUUUGUGCUGGGGUUUUACGUUGCCGUGCUUUUGGUGGGCAAGGGACAGCUCACCCCGGGAAAUGCGCUGACGACAUUCUAUGCCGUGCGGACUGCGUUUCAGGCGAUUGAGACGCUCGGUCCUCACUGGCUUGUUCUUGCAAAGGGCAUGGCUGCAGGUCAGUUGCUUCGUGAGCUGGUGAAGGAGGGAGAAAAUGGGGAGGCAGACGAAGCCAGCGGUUGGAGGAAACCCUCAAAGUGUCUGGGGGAUAUCAGGAUGAGCAAUGUCAGCUUCGCGUAUCCGGCUAACCCGUCCAAGACGGUUCUCAAGCCAUCUUGUCUCCGGUUUGAGGCUGGGCAGCUCACCUUCGUCGUCGGCAGGAGUGGCUCUGGCAAGAGCACGCUGGGAAACCUCCUUGUGCGCCUCUACGAGCCCCUGACUGGACAGAUCACCAUGGACGGCAACCCGAUUACGACCGUUGACCUCGACUGGCUCCGCCGGAGCGUCACCUUGAUCCAGCAAUCCAGCAUCCUCUUCAACGGCACCUUUCGCCAGAACGUCGCGUUUGGUGCAGCGAACCCCGACAGUGUCUCAUCAAAAUCCAUCCAAGACGCCUGCAGUAUGGCCCUUCUUCAGUCGACCAUCGCCAGCAUGCCGGACGGAGUCAACACGGUCAUUGGUCCGGGCGGCUAUAGUCUCAGCGGCGGGCAGAAACAGCGUCUGGCGCUUGCUCGGGCGAGGCUUCGUGAUCCACCUGUGCUGAUUCUCGACGAACUCACUAGCGGUCUCGACCCUGCCAGCAGGAAUCUGAUCAUGGAGGCCAUCCGGAUCUGGCGGAAGGGCAAAACUACGAUCAUCAUCACGCAUGAGGUUGGGCAUAUCGAGGACGAUGAGUACGUUUAUGUCAUGGCAGACGGCUCAAUCGUUCAAAAGGGGCUCAAACGGGACAUUACGGCGGACGAGAGUGGGCUCUUUGCGUCGUUGAUCGCCUCUUCAGACGAUGCCUCAUCGAGAGCCUCAAUGUCGAGCGACAGCGAGUCUGAUUCCAGCGUUCACUUUGACAAACCCGUUCAGGAGGCCCAGUACGCCAAGUUCCUCCGCAGCGCAUUUGUUGACAGCCGACCAAUGUCCAUUGGGCUGGUCCGACGAAUCUCAAUCAGGGGAAACGCAGCCGGCGCCGGCCUUGGGCUCGGUCGCUCAGUGUCCCAAAGGGGAGCCUUCAAUCGAGCAGUCUCCCACAGAUUGGUACACCAAACCGAAUCGCGUAAGACGGCCCUCGAUCGUUCUUCUUCCCGCAGACUGAGUCGAACACCGAGCAUCAACAUUGUCACUCAGCGGGGCUUGAAAGUGCAGGAGAGUAGAACUCUCAAUGCGCGCAGAGCUCUGGAACACUUGGAUGCAGAUGGCCAGGCCUCCCUCGAUUCUCUUGAGCUGUUCUUUCUCGAGCGUCUUGCUAAGCGCAAGGACCGGGACAAGCCAUCCAGGGGGAAGCAGCUACCCUCCCUCACGGUCAUACUACAAACGGUCUGGCCGAACCUGGAUAAGAGCGGCAAGGUGCAAUUGGUCCUCGGCAUACUGCUGUGUCUCCUGAUCGCGGCGUGCAACCCUGUUUUCUCCUUUUUCUUCGCCAACCUUAUUGGGGAGUUCUGGGUUGUGAAGGGACAGGAGAGCUCCGUGUCGAAAUGGGCCGGUCUUCUCGCUGUCAUUGCUGUCGUUGACGCCAGCGCAACCUUCUUUGGCUACUUCUUCAUGGAGAAGGCGGCUCAGCAAUGGAUCAACACGCUCCGCGCCGAGGCCAUCAAACGCAUCCUCAGCCAGCCCAAGUCGUGGUUCGAUAAGGCUAGCCACUCCCCCAGCCGCAUUACGCAGUGCCUCGACCGCAACGCUGAGGAGAUGCGCAAGGUUGUUGGCAUGUUUGUUCCCAUCCUCCUCACCGUCACCAUCAUGAUCUCUGCUUCGCUGGUUUGGGCGCUGGCCAUCCGGUGGGAUCUCACCCUUGUCACACUGGCGGGACUCCCUGUGGCAUUCGCAGCGACACGAGCCAACUCGUACAUGAGCGACAAGUGGGAGGCCAUCUGUGACGAGGCCGCUGCCUCCACGAGCGCCAUCUUCAACGAGACCUUUGCCAACAUCAAGGUCGUCCGCGCCCUGACCAUGGAGCACUACUUCGCUGACAAGCACACCCGGUCUGCGUCGGCUGCCUACCACCUCGGCAUGAAACGUGCCGGCUUCAUUGGCCUGUUCUACGGGUUGCACCUGUCAAUCUCGUACUUUCUGACAGCCCUGGUUUUCUUCUACGGGGCAAAGGUCCUGAGCGAGGGACUUACCUCCGUGACCGACGUCAUCAGAGUCAUGAACCUGCUGCUAAUCUCGCUCGGCACCGCGGUCAGCAUGCUCGGCAACGUCCCUCAGAUUGCCGCUGCCAAAGCGACAGCCGUGCAAAUGCUUUAUUACGCCAACCUCUCACACACCGCGAGCCAUGAGGCGGAGGGCGAGAGGCGGUUGCUGACCCCUCUUCCCAUCCGCAUGACCAACCUCCGGUUCGCAUACCCGGGCGCUCCCCAGACCCUGGUCCUGCGCAACAUCAACCUUCAAAUUGACGCCGGCACUUGCACCGCCAUCGUAGGCGCCUCAGGGUGCGGCAAAUCCACGAUUGCCAGCCUCCUCAUGCGCCUGUACGAACCCGUUACCGAUCCUAGCACCUCCACUACUUUCUCGCCCUUUUCCAAGCAACAAAUAUCUCCCAUCCCUGAGUCCCUGACAGCGCCGCGAAGCCUCAACUCCCACCCCGUAUCCCUCAGCCACCCAUCCAACCACUCCACGGCCCUAACCUACGCCUCCUUCCCCGCAACCAGUCUGCACACCCCAUCCCUACGCACCCACAUCGCCUACGUACCGCAAACCCCCUUCCUCUUCCCGACCACCGUCCGCGCCAACCUCACCUACGGCCUACACGACGCCUCCCCGUUGCACGCCGAAUCUAACAUCAUCCUUGCCGCGAAGCAAGCCAACAUCCACGACUUCAUCGUGUCCCUGUCCCAGGGGUACGACACGCCCCUCGGCGAAGGGGGGCUGGCCGUUUCGGGGGGCCAGGCGCAGCGGCUGUGCAUCGCGCGCGCGCUGGCACACCGGCCGCGUGUGUUGGUGCUCGACGAGCCGACCAGCGCGCUCGACGCGCAGGCGGCGGCCGAGGUGAGGAGGGUUGUCCAGAUGUUAGUAGUGGAGGCUGGGAGGGAGCGGCAGGGCCACAACGGGUGGAGGAUGGCGGUCGUUGUGGUCACGCAUAGCAAGGAGAUGAUGAAGAUUGCGGAUCGGGUAGUUAUGAUCGAGGGUGGGGUUGUGGUUGAGCAAGGGGGUUAUGAGGAGUUGGUGGCGAGGGGUGGGAAGUUUAAGGCUUUGGUCGGGGGUGGGGUUUGGACUGGUGGUGGUGGGGAGGAGAUGGGUGAAGCUGCAGAGUGGAAGGGGCGAGAUAGGAGGAUGAAGAGGAAGGGCGGUGGGUUGGUGGCGGUGGACAACUUCAGGGAGGACGCUUUGAGGCGAUUGGAGGGUGGGGUCUAAGGAGGUGGAGGAAUGAGCGGCCCGGGUGAGGUGAUGAGGACUCCUCACGCCAGUGCUUUCUUUGCUUUUGAUGUACAUGCUUUGAGAUGAUCCAUAUUUGCGAUAAAUGCCAGCUCGCUCUGGCUUCAUGUUAGCAUCCAACGCAGAACUUGUCAACC